CGGAAGCGCUUAGUCGCCAUUUCAUUGCGGAGUUGGUCGCUGAGCGUUUUGUGGAAGUGCAGCGUCAACAGCGGCGAAAAAUUGGAUCGUAACAACACUCCGCCCUCACCCCAAUGGAAGCCGCCGUCAACCCACCUCACGACAGCUCUCUGGUUGGGUUGUCCGGUGGUAUGAUGGACCAACACACAAGCUCGGGCAAACGCAUUCGUAAGCCCUCCCUGCUGUACGAGGACUUUGAGAGCCCCUCCCUACCCCACACAAUGCCCCAGGGUCCCCCUGCCCCUCCACAGCCCCCAGUGAAGGAUCCUACCCGACCAGGCCGCAUGACAAACCAGCUGCAGUACCUCCAAAAGACCCUGAUGAAGUCUCUUUGGAGGCACCACUUUGCCUGGCCUUUUCAGGAGCCCGUGGAUGCCUACAAGCUUAACCUGCCGGUGGGUUGA